AUGGGCAACGCCAAUUGCCCAAAAAUCGUUGGGCGCGCAAGCACGGUGAAGCUGGGUCCCAUGACUGACGCAGCCCCAACAACCCAUCUCCUCGCUCCAGUCAUAGACGCGGUAACGACAGAAGACCGCAUCCUCGCCAUCUCUGGCGGUAUAGAUGGCGUCUCAUGCUGGGGCGACAUCAUCGCCAAUGCCUCCAAAGUGAAGCACAUUCGCGGAACGAUCAUCGAUGGCAUGAGUCGCGACAUCGACGGCAGCCGGAAAGUAGGCUAUCCGGUCUACGGCCGCAGCCUGACCAUGGUCAGCGCGCGCAACCGAAUGGUGCAACGCAUCGAGGAAGUCCUGAAUCUGGGCGAACGCAUUAAUCGACGUCAGACUCUCAUAGUCCGGGAGGGUAAGCCCGUAUCGGAGGUGAUGCACGACACGCAGUUCGAAGACAUCAACAAGAGUACAUCGUCACCAGCAACCGCGCCAGCCUCGCCACGAAAACCCAAACCCGCUAGUCCCAAGGUUGAAGAAUUAGUGGCGCUGUUCGCCGACUGCGAUACCCCUGGCGCGUUCGGGAUUAUGCCCUUGGCCGAUUACAAAAAGGUGACCGUCGGACCGGCGUUCACUGUCCGUUACGUACCAACCAGCAACCCGCCCGGAAGUGUGGGUGAUUUCAGAGACGACGUUGCGGUAGGUGAUGUUGUCGUCAUCGACAACGGGGGUCGCACUGAUUGCACCGUUUGGGGCGAUAUUAUGACUGAGUACGCCGGCGUGCGAGGCAUUGGUGGCACUGUGAUCGACGGAGUGUGCCGCGAUGUGAACCGGGCACUCAAUGACGAAUACCCACUUUUCACUGCUGGGCGUUGGAUGCGAACCGGCAAGAAUCGGGUUCAGGUGGGAGGCGUCAAUGAGUCAAUCGGCAUUGGCAAAGUACAUGUACAACCUCGAGAUAUUGUGGUGGCCGAUGCCAAUGGCGUUGUUAUUGUUCCGCGGGAUCGAGCCCGUGAAGUGGCUGAAGUUGCACGACAGAUCGAGAAGAGCGAAGCUGCCAUUCGGGGAUUGAUCGCUGAGCGGGCCUCAAUCGCUGAGGCGCGAGACCAGCUCGGUUAUCACACGCUGCAGCGCAAGGCGUAG